AUUUCCAGCAAACUCACAACAAUUGUCUUCUGCUUGGUGCAGGAAAUGGCAGAGGCUGUGACGAAAGAUUUUGGAAGGAUUGACAUCUUUGUGCAUUCUCUUGCCAAUGGACCAGAGGUAACGAAGCCACUCUUGGAGACAUCUAGAAGAGGGUAUCUUGCUACAAUUUCAGCUUCGAGUUACUCUUUUGUCUCCCUGCUUCGGCACUUUCUUCCAAUAAUGAAUCCAGCUUCCGAAAGGGCAAUCCCAGGAUACGAAGGUGGAAUGAGCUCAGCAAAAGCUGCAUUGGAGAGCGAUACAAAAGUGUUGGCUUUUGAACUGCACUUGCUUGCCACAAAGCAUCAGGUAAUUAUAUAAUUAGUAACCAUUUGGUGAUUGUUAGCAUACACGAUAUGAUGGCUUUUCUUCAGUUCAAUAGACAUAUUUUUACCUACUGCUCUGUAUUCCUAUGUUCCUUUCUCUGUCUAUGCCAUGUUUUACAUUGAUCUUUCAAUUGGC